AUGGCGCUAGUGCGACGUUAAGGACGCAAAGCGACCGUUAAAACCCUAAGCAGAACGUUCCUUUCCUGUGUGACCCGGAUGUUAACCGAGUGGACACAUGCAACUGAUUUCUGGAUGCUUCUCUGCGGCUCCACGAUGAGUUGACAGGGGAGAAAAAACACUGAUAAAUAGGUCUUGAUUAAGAUGAGAGAAACCUGCCUGCCAGCAGCAGAGAGUAGUGAACCAGCCUUGGAGGACAGCUAACCCACGAAUGGCCUGCCAGUCUGUCGCUGCAGUCAUGGACGAGCAGGCCCUGCUGGGGCUCAACCCGAACGCCGACGCCCGCUACAGGCACAGGGCCAUGGCAUACUUUGAGCAGCUGAAGGAGUCUCAGGAUGCCUGGGAGGUUUGUGCUGAGGCCCUCGCUACAGGGAUUUACAAUGACGACCAUGUGAAGUUCUUCUGCUUCCAAGUUUUGGAGCAUCAGAUAAAGUUCAGACACGCUGGUCUGAGCGCCGGUCAGCAGCAGCUCAUCAGAGAGACUUUAAUGAAGUGGCUCCAGUGUCAGCUGAUGAAUGCCCAGCCCGAGAAGCCGUUCAUCCGGAACAAGGCUGCCCAGGUGUUCGCCCUCACCUUCGUCAUGGAGUACCUGACUCUGUGGCCCAAGUUCUUCUUCGACAUCCUGUCCCUGGUGGGUCUGAACCCGCACGGCGUCGACGUCUACCUGCGGACGCUCAUGGCCAUCGACGCCGAGGUGGUCGACCGAGACAUCCUCCACUCGCCCGACGAGAUGCGGAGGAACUCUUUAAUCAAAGACAGCAUGCGGGAGCAGUGCAUCCCCCACCUGGUGGAGUCGUGGUUCCAGAUCCUGCAGGCGUACCAGCGGUCCCACCCGGAGCUCACCUGCCAGUGUCUGGAGGUGGUGGGACUGUUCGUGUCCUGGAUCGACCUUAACCUCAUCGCCAACGACCGGUUUGUGAACCUGCUGCUCAGUCAGAUGUCUGUGGAGGAGCUGAGAGAGGAGGCCUGCGACUGCCUGUUUGAAAUAGUCAACAAAGGGAUGGACCCCGUUGAUAAAACCAAGCUGGUGGAGUCUCUGUGCCAAGUUCUGCAGUCUGCUGGAUUCUUCAACGUGGAACAGGAAGAGGACGUGGACUUCCUGGCCAAGUUCUCUCGGCUGGUGAACGGGAUGGGCCAGAGUCUGGUGCUCAGCUGGACCAAGCUGGCCAAGACGGGGAACGUGAAGGACACGGCAGAGACGCUGCAGGCCUUGGAGAGCAAAGUGCCGCUGCUGCUGCAGCUGCUGGUGCACGAGGACGACGACAUCUCGGCCAACAUCGUCGGCUUCUGCUACGAGUACCUGCACGUCCUCAAACAGCUUCCUCAACUGACAGACCAGCAGAAAACAAACAUCGAGGCGAUCAUGCUGGCUGUCAUGAAGAAACUGACCUAUGACGACGAGUACAACUUUGAGAACGAGGGCGAAGACGAGGCCAUGUUCGUGGAGUACAGGAAGCAGCUGAAGAUGCUGCUGGACCGGCUGGCUCAGGUGUGUCCUGAGCUGCUGCUGGAGGCUGUGCGACGAGUCUUCACCAACACAAUGCAGAAUUGGCAGACGGCUCAGUUCAUGGAGGUGGAGGUGGCCGUCCGGCUGCUGUACAUGUUGGGCGAAGCUCUGCCAGCGUCUCACGGCGCUCACUUCUCCGGGGACACGGCGAAGACGAGCGCCCUGCAGGACAUGAUGAGGACGCUGGUGUCGUGCGGUGUGAGCAGCUACCAGCACAGCUCCGUGUCUCUGGAGUUCUUUGAAACGGUUGUUCGAUAUGAUAAGUUCUUCAUCGUGGAGCCUCAACACAUCCCCAAUGUUUUGAUGGCGUUUCUGGACCAAAGAGGACUGAGACACAACAGCCCAAAGGUCCGCAGCCGGGUGGCCUACCUCUUCUCCAGAUUCAUCAAGACUCUGCAUAAACACAUGAAUGCCUUUAUAGAGGACAUCCUGUCCAGGAUCCAGGACCUGCUGGAACUCGCUCCUCCCGAGAAUGGCUUCCUGGCGCUGCUGACCAGCGACGACCAGCUGUUCAUGUUCGAGACGGCGGGCGUCCUGAUCGUGAAUGGAGAGAGUCCCGUGGAGAGGAAGCAGGCGCUGAUGCGGAGCCUGCUGCUGCCGCUGAUGGAUGCGUUCCGCCUGCUGCUCGCCAAGCUGUUGCAGGAGACGGAGGACGAGAGGCAGGCCGCCCUCGCCGACUGCCUGAGCCACGCCGUCGGGUUCGCCAGUCGGACCAGCAAGGCGUUCAGCAACAAGCAGACGGUGAAGCAGUGCGGCUGCACCGAGGUCUACCGGGACUGUCUGCAGACCUUCCUGCCGGCGCUGAGCUGUCCCGUCCAGCGGGGGCCGCUGCGCAGCUCUGUCCGCUCCUUCCUGCACCGCAUGAUCAUCUGCAUGGAGGAGGAGGUCCUGCCCUUCGUCCCCGCCGCCUCCGAACACAUGCUGAAGGACUGCGAGGCCAAAGACCUGCAGGAGUUCAUCCCGCUCAUCAGCCAGAUCACCGCCAAGUUCAAGAGUCAGGUGUCUCCCUUCCUGCAGCAGGUCUUCAUGCCGCUGGUGCUCGCCAUCUUCGAGGCGUUGGCGCGGCCGGCGGAGGACAACGACCAGGCGGCCGCGCUGGAGAAACAGAUGCUGAGGCGGAGCUACUUCACCUUCAUCCAGACCAUCACAGGAAGCGGGAUGAACGAGGUGAUGGCCAAUCAGGGAGCAGAGAACAUCGAGCGCGUCGUGUUCACCAUCAUCCAGGGCGCCGUGGACUUCCCCGACCCCAUCGCUCAGAAGACCUGCUUCAUCAUCCUCUCCAAACUGGUGGAGCUGUGGGGAGGGAAAGACGGCAUGGUUGGAUUCCCCGACUUCAUCUACAAACACAUCGUUCCCGCGUGUUUCCUGGCUCCUCUCAAACCGACCUUUGACCUCUCCGACGCUCAGACGGUCCUGACGCUGUCAGAGUGUGCACUCACGCUGAAAAUGAUUCAUCUCAAAAGGGGACCGGAGUUCAUCCAGUUCUUGCAGCAGGACUAUUUGCCCUCGCUGCAGGUUUCACCAGAAAUCUCACAGGAACUUUGUCAAGUGCUUCAGCAGCCGGACGUCAAAGUCCUGAAAAACUACAUUAAGGCGUUCUUCCAGCGAGCCAAGCUGUAGGAUAUAAAACUGGAAGUUCACUUUGGACACUUCACAGGAAGUGGUCGUAUACGCCACUUAACAACAAAUUAAAGGGACCUUAGCAUAGGAGCUGCUUUUGCACUUAAAAAAGUAAAAUGCGUAACAAAGUCUGUCUAGAGUCGGGUCGUGGACAGACGCUCGGUGGACGGAUUGAAUCCCUCCGUCCGCCGACAAGACGAGCUGUCCGCGAGGACUGAAGGAAGCUCGACUGACGAUCAGAAAACGUUUGCGGAGUCGAGUGGAAAAGGGCUUUUAGAAGUAAACACAGAUCUGUGGGAGAGGACGCUGCCUGGACAUCAUUUGGUAAUUACCCUGAAACCAUCUGAACACCUGAAAACUAAGCUUUACUCUAUUCAAACAUUCACGUUAGAAAUCUACGGAAGCCCAUUUCUGCCAAUGUGAUGGGAAGAAAUAGAUCCCGCAAGUCAUUAUAAUAAGAAACUUGUUUAAAAUAAUGAGUUAGUAACUCAAAAUAGUGACUUAGUAUCUCGCAAUAGUGACGUAGUAUCUCUAAAUAGUGACUUAGUAUCUCGAAAUAGUGACAUAGCAUCACUCAAAAUGAGUUAGUAUCUCAAUAUCUCAAAAAGUGACGUAGUAUCUCGAAAUAGUGACGCAGUAUCUCGAAAUAGUGACGUAGUAUCUCGAAAUAGUGACGUAUCUCGAAAUAGUGACAUAAUAUCUCUAAAUAGUGACUUAGUAUCUCGAAAUAGUGACAUAGCAUCACUCAAAAUGAGUUAGUAUCUCAAUAUCUCAAAAAGUGACGUAGUAUCUCGAAAUAGUGACAUAAUAUCUCUAAAUAGUGACGUAGUAUCUCGAAAUAGUGACUUAACAUCUCAAUAUCUCAAAAUAGUGACUUUAUUUCAAGAUACUAAUUUACUAUUUAGAGAUACUAAGUCAAGAUAAUGAGUUAGUAUAUUUUGAAAAAGCAUUUGAGAUAGUAUGUCAUUAAUUUACGAUAGUCAUUAGUUUUGAGAUACGAAGUCAUUAUUUUGAGAUAGGAUGUCAUUAUUUUAAGAUAGUAAGUCAGUUUUGAGAUACAAAGUCAUUAUUUUGAGUAUCUUUUGAAGAAGUACUGCGAGAUACGUCGUUAAUUUCAGAAAGUUUCUCAUGGUGAUAAAUUACAGGAUCUUAGUUUUUUCAUCACACUUUCAUCUUUUCUUUUACUGGCAAGAAAGGGCUUCCAUAGAAACCACAUUUUGACUUGUUUCUUUUGGGGGAUGUAGCUGCUGCCUCAGAAUGGACAGAAAAAGGGCUGAAUUGUAUUAUUUUUAUUCAAUAUGUGACAUUGAUUUCUUUCUUUUUAAUUGUUGUUGAGGAAUGGAUUUUCAGUUUGAAGUGAAAAGUUCUUACAGCCCGACUCGAUCUGCAUCUUCCUUCCAGGUUCAUUU